UGAGGAGACGGGACUCGGCGGCGGCCGGGAGGGGAGGGAGGUACCGGCUGCGGCAGCGAGCAGGAGGCGGCCGGGGACAAGAGAUUCCGUAAUAUCCAGACUCGCCGAUUACUGAAACGCCUCCCGACUCCUCGGAGCCGGUCUCGCGCCCCCUCCCCCCGCGAUAAUCGAUUGUUUUACAUGAGGGGUAAGGGCAAUCGCCUGCAGCUGCGAGGACGCGAAGCAAGGAAAGGACGCUUCGGAGCCGCCGCCGCAGGACCCCACCCCCCUGGUGACUCCAGCGGUCUCCCUCCCCUGCAGUCCUAAUCGAUCGUGACCCUGUCCCGUAAUCUGCGGGCGAUUUGGGAGAGCCGGUUAAACACCUUCCAUGGGGGAGAGAGGAGCCUGGCCCCUCGCCGCCUGCACCAUCCCCUCCCCGCUGGAGGCGGCUGCUCUCCUGAGGUAAAAUCCCUCCUGCCUUCCCAGACGCCAGGACUUCUGAAGGGGGGGGUGAGGGGGUACCCCAUAGAGAACGGGGGCCUGGCGAGUCAGCCUCCCUGCACCAGCCUCUCGUCCCCUGCCGCAUGCCGAGUCCCUGAGGUAAAAUCCACCCUCCCUUGCAGACAAGGGCUCCCGCAGCUGAAGGAAGCCUACCUAGCUCAGUAAAAGGAGGCGAGCCCAGUACCAGAAACCACCCUUCCAGAAGCAGCAGCAAGACACCUCCCUCACCCUCCUCCUGCACAAGUCAUUGCCUGCUCUCACCCCCUCCCCCGAAUGCUGAAUGCAGAUUUCUAAGAUGAAACUCUUCUUCGGACAGCCAGGACUCAUCUAAAGGACACAAAUAUCUGAUCAUAAAUAGGAGGCGAGCCUGGCGAGCUCAGAAACCCAGACCAACAGGAGCAGCAUCAAGAAUCUACCCUUCUCCUGCACAGCUCACUCCCCUCUCAUUUCCAGAAUACUGACUUUCUGAGAUAAAAAUCUUACCCCUUCAGUAAGCCAAGACUCCUCUAAAGGACACAUACAAAAUAGUAUAUAUUAUUAUUAUACACAAUAAAGGCUUACCGAGCAGCAGCAGGGGGGAAAAAAGCCUCCUGCACAAUUCACUCCCCCACUGAAUGCUAAAAUCCUGAGGUAAAAUCUUCCCAUAUUCACAGCAAGGACUCUUUUGAACAGGAAACAAAUAUAUAUUAGAUUAUAUAGAAUUUAUUAAAUUAUUCCAGACUUAAUUUUUUUUUUCAGCCAAGAGGUGGAGGGACCAGACGUCAUUGUUUCUCUUUUCCUCUUAACUCAUUUAUGGCCGAGUCAAGGCUGUUGAGGAGGAAAAAACAGGAUAGUUAAAAUCUCUUUGUAUCUCUCCCCAGAAGAUUUUUCUCUUAUUGCUGUGCAUUUCCUUUAGGAAAAGGAAACCUCUUAUUUUGCUAACCAAAGAUUUAUUUUUCUUUUCCUUCUAAUCAGAGAAAGGAAACAAACAUAAAUUGACACACAUUAAAUAUUUAAAGAGAUUUAUCUUUGAAAGAAUCAGAACUUAUAUCCAAAUCAGAAAUAUCUAAGGAGUGUGUGGAGGAAGAAACUGGAAUAUCUAGAUUAAAACAAGAUAUUUGCUAGUUCCUCUUUGGUGGAGGAGGAGAGAAACACUAAACGUUGUUUUUUACAGGAGAAAAUCAAUCCUAACUAUAAUAAAUGGGGGAUUACGGGUUUGGAGUGUUAGUGCAAAACAACACUGGGAAUAAGUCAGCUUUUCCAGUGAGAUUUCAUCCACAUCUGCAGCCUCCACACCAUCAUCAAAAUGCAGCCCCCAGCCCUGCUGCUUUUAUAAAUAACAACACAGCUGCCAAUGGCAGUAGUGCUGGGUCAGCUUGGCUCUUUCCUGCUCCAGCUGCCCAUAACAUUCAGGAUGAGAUUCUGGGGUCAGAAAAAUCUAAAACUCAGCAACAGGAAAAGCAAGAGUCUCUAGAAAAACAGCAGCUUUCCCCUAGUCAAAGUCAGGAAGCAGGCAUGCUGCCUGAACCUGAGAAAGCUAAAUCUGAGGAAAAUCAGGGAGACAAUUCUUCAGAGAAUGGCAACGGGAAAGAGAAAAUAAGAAUAGAAUCACCAGUGUUAACAGGAUUUGAUUAUCAAGAGGCUUCAGGGCUAGGUACUUCAACUCAGCCCUUAACAUCCACUGCAUCUUCUCUGACUGGUUUUAGUAACUGGUCAGCAGCUAUAGCUCCUUCUUCUUCUACAAUAAUCAAUGAAGAUGCCAGUUUUUUUCACCAGGGAGGGGUCCCUGCUGCCUCAGCUAAUAAUGGUGCUCUGCUGUUUCAGAAUUUUCCACAUCAUGUCAGCCCUGGCUUUGGAGGUAGCUUUUCCCCUCAGAUUGGACCCCUCUCUCAACACCACCCUCAUCACCCCCAUUUUCAGCAUCAUCACAAUCAGCAUCAGCAACAGAGAAGAUCACCUGCAAGCCCUCAUCCACCUCCAUUUACACAUAGAAAUGCUGCUUUUAAUCAACUGCCUCAUUUGGCUAAUAAUCUUAACAAACCACCUUCUCCAUGGAGCAGCUACCAAAGCCCAUCACCUACACCAUCUUCUUCAUGGAGCCCCGGUGGCGGUGGAUAUGGUGGGUGGGGAGGGUCCCAAGGGCGAGACCACCGCAGGGGACUGAAUGGAGGGAUAACACCCCUGAACUCCAUCUCACCCCUGAAGAAGAAUUUUGCAAGUAAUCAUAUCCAGUUGCAGAAGUAUGCUAGGCCCAGCUCGGCCUUUGCUCCGAAAUCUUGGAUGGAAGAUAGUUUGAACAGAGCCGACAACAUAUUUCCUUUUCAGGAUCGCGCAAGAACUUUUGACAUGCAUUCACUGGAGAACUCGCUGAUUGACAUAAUGAGAGCUGAAAAUGAUUCACUGAAAGCAAGGACAUAUGGGAGAAGGCGAGGUCAGUCUUCACUGUUUCCAAUGGAAGACGGGUUCUUGGAUGAUGGACGUGGGGAUCAGACUCUUCAUAGUGGCUUAGGAUCACCACACUGCUUCUCUCACCAAAAUGGAGAAAGAGUGGAACGGUAUUCCCGCAAGGUGUUCGUAGGUGGACUGCCACCAGAUAUCGAUGAAGAUGAGAUCACGGCUAGCUUUCGUCGCUUUGGUCCUUUGAUUGUGGAUUGGCCGCACAAGGCAGAAAGCAAAUCCUAUUUUCCUCCUAAAGGAUAUGCGUUCUUGCUGUUUCAAGACGAAAGUUCUGUACAGGCUCUGAUUGAUGCAUGUAUUGAAGAGGAUGGAAAACUCUACCUUUGUGUCUCCAGCCCCACUAUCAAAGACAAACCAGUUCAGAUCAGGCCUUGGAAUCUCAGUGAUAGUGACUUCGUGAUGGAUGGUUCGCAGCCUCUUGAUCCACGAAAAACUAUUUUUGUUGGCGGUGUUCCUCGGCCAUUACGAGCAGUGGAGCUUGCAAUGAUAAUGGACCGGCUGUAUGGAGGGGUAUGCUAUGCUGGAAUUGACACAGAUCCUGAGCUGAAAUACCCAAAAGGAGCUGGGCGGGUUGCAUUUUCUAAUCAACAAAGUUACAUAGCUGCUAUCAGUGCCCGCUUUGUUCAGCUGCAGCAUGGAGAGAUAGAUAAACGGGUGGAAGUUAAGCCAUAUGUCUUGGAUGAUCAACUGUGUGAUGAAUGUCAGGGGGCCCGUUGUGGUGGAAAAUUUGCUCCAUUUUUCUGUGCUAAUGUUACCUGUCUGCAGUAUUACUGUGAAUAUUGCUGGGCUGCUAUCCAUUCACGCGCUGGCAGGGAAUUCCACAAGCCCCUGGUGAAGGAGGGAGGAGAUCGCCCAAGACAUAUUUCAUUCCGCUGGAACUAAAAGAUUACUGCAGUGCUCAUAUGCAGGCCUCAAAAUAAGUGCACUCUUCUGUUAUCCUGAUCCCUCCCCACAAUCCCCCUUAUUCAAGAUAGCAUGUCCUUUUGUAGUAGUCUGUAAUUUAACAAUAGUAUAAUGAAAGAAUGACCUAUAAUAUGGGUAUUUUGUAGAAUCUUGUCAUUGAAAACUGUAUUGGGAACUCCUUUUCGUAUUGAUAACAUGUUGCAUGUAAGUUACAUCCUCUUGUCUUUGGUAUCAAGAGGACACUUACUUCAUGCAACGUUUUCAUAGAGGAGAGAAAAAAAUGUUAAGAAAAGAGAAAUGAAAUAAUAGAGUAUUUUGUUUUUUUAAUUAAAUUAUUGUUAAUAAAAACAUAAGAAUACUUUUAUUAAAAUAACCAUGCAACAAUAACACUAUCAGUCUGUUCUGACACUCCCCUCCUUCGCCCCGCCAAGGGAAGCCUGGGUUUUUUUUUUUUUUUUGCCUUUUCUUACUGUUAAAUUUUACAGCAAUGAAAGAAGCUAGCAACUGCCUAGGAAAGCGCAUGUUUAAAGCAACAAAAAUGCAUGAGCAAGGUUAAAGCAGCAUUAUAACAAUUAUUUUUACUUAUGUUAAGGGUUUUGAGGCUGAAUUUUUAGCACAGGAUAUAUCUCACCAUGUCUCCAACUUUCAACCACAUCCAAAGUACUAAUCAAAUAGGCAGAUCUUAGUAUAUUUUAUCAAAACAAUUACCAUUUAAAGGUUCCCAAAUAUAAAAGUUGGGUAAAAUUACUACUGAGUGGAGUGUGGGGCGGGGGGAGUGCACUUAUUACUUUUCAUUAAAAAGAGAGAGAACUCAAUUGUCUGGUUACUGCCCUAGAAAUCCUACCAAAGCUAGAGUAAUAACAACUAGUAAACUGGCAUUUCCUCUCCUGAAGGACAAAUGUAUAGAUUUUAUUUUUGAUGGUUAUAUAUAACUCUAUAUGCUAAUAUACUAACAUUCAUCAGGGGACAGCCUUUGCUCUCCAUUUUGACAUGAAAAAUAAGAUACCUCAAGGAUAUCACUGAUUUUAUCUAAGUUCUGGUAUUCCACUGUAUCACAGACUAAAAAUUGGCUGCUAAUUGGUUUUACUCUUGGAUGUAAAGUCAGUUUUAAUAUCCUCUAACUUAGCUAGCUAUAAGGUAGAAAGCAUAAAUAGAACAAAGCUAAGUAGUCUAAGUCUGUUUUGCACUGUUUGCUGAACUAAUAAGUGUGUAAAUCUGUGCAAAGAGGCAUAUGCCUAUCUUACUCUUCCUGUAGAGAGAAUCCUAACUAAGAAUCCUUUUCUUCAGAACUUAGCAUGGGGAAAUAAAGAAUUACAGGUGUCUGAAGUGCCAACUUUGCUAAGUUAAUGCAUGCUUUAUUAUAAAUAAACUCCAGCUUGAGAAGCAUUAACACAAUACAUGAUAACUGAAUGCUUAGGGGUGAGGUGGGGGUUUUGUUUGAAAUAGUCUCUUAAUCCCCUGGAAGGGGCAUAGACUUCCAAACUUGAUUUUAACUAAUGCCCUGGUCAACUUUUAAAAUGAUUGUGUAGCAGUGUGCAAAACAAACCAAUCCAACGGCAAUCUUCUAAACUGUCUGACUGGCAUGGUACCAUCCUAGAUUCUCUCAAACCAAAGAUUUGCCUCAGCGCUGCAGAAAACAUCUACUCUGUGAGCCCCCUAACCCUCAAGAUUAUCUUUAUGAGAAGCAGUUUUUAUUUUCAAUACAGGCUUUAAUGAACUAUACCUUAUUAAGUUCCAAAGGUCAAAAUGGAGACAUUUGCUGUCUACUAGUCAAGUAAAGAAAGGGAGCUGCUUUUAAUGAAAUCCCUGAAAAUAUUGACAACAGUAAUGCAAAUGGAGAGUGCUCUUGUGUAGAUUGUCAGGGACUUUUUUUUCUCUGAAGUCCAUAAUUAUAGUUGGAAUGUUCCUUUUAAUUUUUUUAAUGCUUAUUAGAUGGCUUGGGGUGUGCUAUUGUGCCGAUCCUACCCAGUAAACAGGUGAGAUGGGUUACCAUUACAAGAAAUAACACUGUUUGAGAACUAGCUUUGAAUAAUAAUUUUCCCUUUGUACAUGACCUGCUGAAUUUCGGUACAGUGUUUUUGUAGCUAACUUAUUUUGUCAUGCACAUAAUGUAUAUUUGUUAUGCACUACUUUUGUAUAUCUUGUUUUUCCAACAGUGAGCAUUUUUAGGCACACUUUUCACUGACGGGAUAUCUCUUUAUGCAAUACCUCAAUUUUUCAUAUUGCAAAGAGUAGCUUUUUGUACUUUUAUUACUGAGAGAUCUUCAUAUACUUCAUUUUUUAAUAUAAAUAAUUUUAAUAAAUUUUAUUUUCUUAUAUUCUGCUUUUUAUACAUUUCAGUGCUCUGCAUACAUUUUGAAUUAUGGAUGUUGUGCACUGGCAAUGCUAUUUUAGAAUCUGCAGAGAAAAGAAAGCAUGUUGCUUAAACAUCUUAGCCCAGCACCAUGUAUUUGGUGUACAUAUAAUUUAAGAAAUAGUAUAUGUAAAGUUGAGAAUUAAA